UGAACCAUAGUGUAAUCGUUGAAAAGAGUUCUUUAUAUUUGCUGGUGAAUUUUCACCAAAAUUGCUGUUUUUCUAGACAUAGUGACUGCAUGUUUCCAACCUGUGAGCUCACAACAAGCAUUAUCUCACUGUGGUCUGUUGACUCUGGGAUAAAGCGCUGUCUUUGAAAAGCCUCUGUCAGUGUUUGAGAGCAGAAUGGCUGACCCUGACACGUCAUGACAGUGUCCCCAUUUUGUGGCACAAAUCACAGUCACAAGGGCACAACAACACAUCGCAUUGCGUUUCCCUUGGAAUCUAGGGAAACGUGUUUUGAAGAGCUGUUUAAUUUCUUGCUAUGAGUCUUUCCACGGGGCAUCAGGCCUACGGUUCAGAGUGAAAAAGAUUUAGCCCAUGGAGAUGUUAUUUGGAAGGUUUUCUGGAUGCGGUCGAGAUGUCUCUGCAGUGUUCACAUGAAGCUAUGCCAAAUUGUAAAAAUCUAAAAUGAUAUUGAGGUUUGCUGCCAGAUAAAUAACUUGACCAGUGACAUGUGUAAUCCAUGUAGAAAGAAGAAACUCAUCAAAAUAAUUACUGCAAGCAGUAUACUAGCUCUUCUCCAACCCACAUAACAACACCUUCUGUGCAGUUUAUACUUACCCCACAUACAUCAACUUAACCAUGCAGCUGAUUGUUGUGAAUCUCCUCAAGACAUUGUAAUUCAGCUGUAGCCUACCCUGUAACAAAUUAGAGGGUGCAGCUCUGCUUUUCUCUCUUUUUGUCUCUAUUCCUGGAGCAGAGGGAAGACAGUUCGUACCAGCUCUGUGGUUUGGUUAAUCCCUGACAAACUGUGCUCUCCGCAGCUGCAGGGUUGUGUUGUGAGAAAAAGAGGAAGGCUUCAGUUUCGAGGAUGGGACUGUGAACACUGCUGGUUAUUUCAUGUUCGCAGAGAGUGUGUGAGUCUGCAGGCUUUGGCCUUGAUGCGACCGAAUCUUCAGUGAGGGUUCUCAGGUGUUGCUGAACAGUCAGCCCAAGUGUUCAUUCAGCAGAAGUGCUCCGAAGGAAGGUGUAUUUUCCUCAUUUUAAAAGAGAGUGAUUUCUUAUUAUCAACAAGUGGACUGUUUAUCCAGCACCUGCUGAGUCAGUACAUGUUAUUCUCUUUACCAUGCAGAGUCCACUGGUAUGGAGUGGAAACACACACAACACCUUGCUAAGCUUUUGUUACAUAAUCAUCACUCACGCAAGAAUCAAUGAGUUAUAGAAUUUGAUGUAAAACUGAGAUUUCUUUUUUCUUCAUUAAUGCUUUUGGGUAUCACCUGUUGAUCAUUCAAAGAAGGGAUACAGCCUAAAUGACUCUCCUCCUUUCCCUGCUAUGUAGAAUGUGUAGUUUAAUAUAUGAAAUAGUGUUUGUUUAGGUGCAUUUUGUUAUGUGCUCGAUAUACAUACAAAUAAAUAUUGAUACUGGGUAUAAAAGAGCUGUUCUGGCUUUUACUGAGUGCCGUUAUCCAGAAAACUCUGCUAUCCUGCUUCAACAGACAGGGAUUUAUGAUCAGGAUUUGACCUAAGGGUCACAGUAUCACUAUAUAUUAGUAUGUUUACAACAUACAGAGAAGACAGAUAGUCAGACACACUGCUUUGAUUUGAAAAGUCAACAAAUAGUGGAAGAGAGGGCUCCGAGAAACACAUGUGGUAUAAUAUGCUUGGAGCUCACUGAGCUUUGACAGAGAUGUGCAGACUAAAUGUGAUCAUUUGAAACCACAGCUAGUGGAAAGCCUUGAACACUGCACAUGUUGACUUUUUUGUGUCAGUAUCUCUUUGCUGUACUAAUGGCUCUGUUUUCAAAGGUCACUCUUCUGUAAUGGCUGUGUGUUGCGCUAAUUAGGUCAGAAUGAUAACCAGAGACAGAGAAGGCACAAAAUUACUGCUAGUGUCAUUGGCAAGCUGCCUUGUCGCUCUGUUGGGAGAACAAAACACAGUAGCACAGAGCAUGCCUUUCUGUUUAUUUCCAAGCAUUCAUCUAACAGUAACAUUAUUACUUUCUUCUCUCCGCAGGCCUCCAAUCCAGAUGCUUGGUUGAGCAGCCCAGCCCCUCUGAACAUGAACCACUAUUCCAAUAAGAAGAGUGCAGCUGAGAGCAUGCUGGAUGUGGCUCUACUGAUGGCCAACGCUUCUCAGCUAAAGGCUGUGCUGGAGCAGGGGCCAAACCUCUCCUUUUACACCCCCCUCAUCACCCUGAUCAGCAUCUCCCUCUGUCUGCAGGUCACAGUCGGGGUCCUACUCAUCUUCAUAGUUCGAUGGAACCUAAAUGAUGAGCAAAAGCAUCAGAGGCUGAACAUUAUGGAAAGCUUAGCCACAGGCCUGGUUUUUUUGAUAGUGGUAGUCAACAUCUUCAUCACAGCCUUUGGAGUCCACAGGCCGAACCGCGGCGACUAACCAAGAACACAGACAGCGAAUGACACACUGCAGUUGGCCCUUGUCCCUGGCGGUGGCAGCAGCGUACCAGAUGGGGAUGGAGGAAGUGAGGAUGGACUCAAUGAUGGCGGUGUAGAAGUGCACCAUCAUUGUCUUUGGCAGGCUGAACUUCUUCAACUACCGCAGGAAGUACAUCCUCUUUAGAAAAAUCUAAAUCAUAUCAAUAUUUAAUGGGACCACCCUUUAUCUUAAAAACAGCUGCAAUUCUUCUUAAGGUACACUUGCACAAAGUCGGGGAUUUUGUUGGCAUAUCGCCAGGUGCUAAUGAUCACCAAUUCAAUAUGUAGGUUGAAACACAAUCAUUAACUGAGACAGAAACAGUGUAGGGGGAAUACAACUGGGUUAGGAACAGCCAAACUCAGCUAACAAGGUGAGGUUGCUGAAGACAGUUUACUGUCAAAAGUCAUACACCGUGCCAAGACUGAGCACAGUAACAAGACACAAGGUAGUCAUACUGCAUCAGCAAGGUCUUGACCAGACAGGAAUUUCAAGGCAGACUGUGGUGUCGAGAUAGCUCUUUUGAAGAAGCACAACGAAACGUGCAACGUUGAGAACCGUAGACACCAUCACUGGGUUGCACCAACUAUGUGUAAGUUCAAACUUAGCCUAGUUUGAACGUAAUUUCUAACUUAAGUCGGAGUUUACGUGCUACUAACAUUUUAAGGGUUGCACCAGCUGAAAUACGUCCAACGUAGACAUAAUUAAUAGGUGUAAAGUCCUCCAUAAAAUAGUCAAGUGGUUGUCAUGGCGCAUCGUUUUGAAAGGGGGGGUGACUGGGAUCAGGAGGAGCAAAUUAACUUACAGGAUUUUUGUCCGCGUUUCAACCGUUUAAUCAUGUCUGAUGUGGAGUGAUUGAUUGACUAGCCACUCAUAGUAAACCUUCUCGCCUAGCCAACUCCAAAAUCACCAUAGAAAAGUGUGGGGGGUGGGGAUUUUGAAAUAUGAGGGGCAUAAUGGCUCCUACGCGUAUAUAAGUUAUAAUGUUACAAUUUCAUCUGCCCGUUAUACUUUACCGGCCAUGGCAUGUGUAAACGUCAUUUUCUGCGACACUGUUUUGAUGAGUAUGGACUUUACGCCAGAGUAGCUAAGAUGCACUUUACGUCUCGGUGGUGCAACCAAACAUCAAUACAGCUUAAGUCUCAAACUAACUAGUUUCAACGUAUUGUUUAGCGUGGACUUUGCACCCUAACUUAAGGUAGAACUUACGUAUCGCUGGUGCAACAGGCUCCUGAUCUCAACAUCAUGGAGUUUGUCUGGGGUUAGAUGAAGAGAGAGAAGCAACUGAAGCUACCUAAAUCCAUAGGAAAAUGUGGGCAGUUCCCCAAGAUGUUUGAGCCGAUGUGCAAGUGUACCUAGACGAAUUGAUGCUGUUAUGAAGACAAAGGGUGGUCACAUUGAUUUGAUUUUCUUCUUUUCACCUUAACUUUGUAUUUUGUUAAUUUAUAAAUAUAAAUAAACAUGUAUGUUUUAAAAAACAUUCUCACUUUUUUUUCUUUUUUUCCAUACAUGCCUAAAACCUUUACAGAGUACUGUGAAGUUUAAUAUCUGAGGAUGCUGAUGUUCAUCGAGGAGUUUUAGGUCACGUGAAGCAAGACUAUAAAUAGCUCUCUCGUGGGACUGUGGAUGCCAGAAUUCAAACUGGACAAUCAAACCUGGUGACACUUUCAACCCCUUUUAGCGCCCCCACCCCCCUCUCUCUCUGACUCCUCUCUCAUCUGUUG